AUGGUGUCCCCUGCCAUUGCGCUGGCUUUCCUCCCCCUCCUGCUGACGCUGCUCAUCCGAUACCGUUUCUACUUUGCGCUGUUCUACCGAGCGGUCCUGGUGCGCCUAUGGAAGGACUGCGUCACCGGUCUGAGCCGUGAGGAGCGGGCCUACCAGUAUGUCCUCACGCAUGCCACCCCCGGGGACCCUGACAGCAUUCUGGACACUUUUGAUGAGUGGUGCAGCAAGGUGGAGUACAUCAGUAACAUUGGUCCGAAAAAGGGGAAGAUCCUGGACCGGCUGCUGAUGGAUCAGAGUCCGCUGACGGUCCUGGAGCUGGGGACCCACUGUGGCUACAGCACCGUGCGGAUGGCGCGGGCUCUGCCACUGGGCGCCAGGAUCUACAGCGUUGAAAUGGACCACAGGAACGCCGCCAUCGCCGAGAAAAUCAUCCGCCUGGCUGGAUUUGACGACGACACAGUAGAGUUGAUUGUGAAUCCAUCAGAUGAAGUGAUCCCACGUCUGCGCUCUGACUUUGGCCUGGAAAGGCUCGAUUUGGUCUUCAUGGACCACUGGAAGAAAUGUUACUGUGCUGAUCUGCAGAUGUUGGAGGGUUCUGGUCUUCUCGGGAAAGGAUCUAUAAUUCUGGCAGACAACGUGCUGUUUCCCGGGGCCCCCAAAUUCCUCAGACACGUUCGCAAGAGCGGCUUGUACGAGUGGAAGAUCCACCGCGCUACACUGGAGUACAGCAAGGGUAUCAGGGAUGGGAUGGCGGAGCUGGUGUACCAGGGGGUCAAGUAG